UCUCUAUCAUAGCGAUCCCAACAUCUGCUGCUGGGGGCGAGCAUUGCGUAAAAGAUGGGAGCAAGGAGUGGCGACUGGAGGCCUUAAAUAGCGGCGCGUUAAGUUGAGGAACAUCAGAGCUCCAGACAGCAGUCUUCAGCAUCUCUGGCAGGACGCAUCAUCUGUACCUAUACGUCUGACAGCACUUGCCGAGAUGAUGCGCAGAGCUUCCUCCGUCCUGAACAUGCACUCGUCCCUCUUCGCGCUUUACCUGGCUGCGCUUCAUGGAUUCCCAGCUGUGGACGGCGCCCCGAACCCUUCACCUCUGCUGGGUUCCAACUGGGGAAACCCAAGGAGAUACAUUCAUCUCCAGACCACCACAGAUAUGAGCAACUUCUAUAUGGAGAUCAGUUUGAAUGGACAAGUGCGAAAAACUACAAGCAGAGGCUCCUACAGUGUGAUUUUAUUAAAGGCUCAAACAAGGCAAAGUGUGGCCAUCCUCGGGGUGAAAAGUAACCGCUUCUUGUGCAUGGACACGGAGGGGAACCUCUUCAGUUCGCCCAUCUGCAAGGAAGAAGAUUGUCUUUUCAACCACGCACUUCUGGAAAACCGCUACGACGUGUACUAUUCAGCCAGAAACGGCAUGCUGGUCAAUCUAGAUCGGGCCAAGCAGGUUUAUGUCGCUGGGCAAAACCUGCCUCCGUCUGCGCUCUUCUUGCCAGAAACAAACACCAUACCACUUGAGCGUCUCUUACAUAGAGGAAAGAGGAACAGACCGACAAAUCCGGCCGAUCCGUAUAACACACUUGGUAACGGAGAGGGCUCUGACUCUCUGCCUGUUCCAGAGGAACAGGAGCCAGAUCAGGGUCAAGAUCAGGAACCGGGUCAAGUCUCCAAAGAGAAUCCGCUCUCUCUAAACGACGAGGACCCAUGGAAUACACGAACCAAGCCAGGGCCUGUCAGCCCUCGUAGUUUUGGGUCUAUGGGAUGAAAUAACUGUUUUUAGGCUUCAUUAAGAUGGGGUCCGGCAUGACCGAGCAAACAAAACGAAAACGAGCAACUUUUAGACCAAACGAUCAAGGGUAACCCCGGUGAUUGCCAUACACAAAAUCAUUCCAGUCCUUAGUUUACCUUCUGCACUUUUCCAGCGCGUCGCCUGUAUGCGCGCAUCUUCCUCUGACUCAAACUUUUACGCUAACUUUUCAGUUACG